AUGAGUGCAUCCAAGGAGAUUCCCAUUCCGGGGCCAAGGGGUGUCCCUAUUUUGGGAAAUAUCUAUGACAUUGAACCCGAAGUCCCGCUGAACAGCAUUGACUUGCUGGCUGAUAAUUAUGGAGAGAUCUUCCGUCUCACAGCCCUUGGCAAUCAACGUGUCUUCAUCAGUUCACAUGAGCUGAUCGAUGAGGUCUGCAAUGAAGAGCGAUUCGGCAAAAUUGUCACUCAAGGUCUGAAGGAAAUUCGAAAUGGCACACACGACGGCCUUUUCACAGCCAAUUAUCCCGGCGAAGAGAAUUGGGCGAUCGCCCAUCGCAUUCUUGUGCCUGCAUUUGGACCGUUGAUGAUCCGGGGCAUGUUUGAUGAUAUGUACGACAUUGCAACUCAAUUGGUGAUGAAAUGGGCGCGACAAGGGCCCCACACGCCAAUUACAGUGACUGAUGACUUUACACGCCUAACUCUUGACACCAUUGCUUUGUGUUCAAUGGGUACCCGCUUCAACUCCUUCUAUCAUGACGACAUGCACCCUUUUGUCGAGGCGAUGGUGGGUUUGCUCGGAGGCUCAGCCAACCGAGCCCGACGACCCGCUCUUUGGAACAACUUGCCUACAAGUGAAAACAGCAAGUACUGGAGUGACGUGGCUUAUCUGCGGAAUUUGUCCCAGGAGCUAGUUGACGCCCGAAAGAACAACCCAGAAGAUAAGAAGGAUCUUCUCAAUGCAUUGAUCCUGGGCCGUGACCCUCAGACGGGCAAGGGUAUGACGGACGAGUCGAUCGUGGAUAACAUGAUCACUUUCUUGAUUGCCGGCCAUGAAACAACCUCCGGCAUGCUUUCGUUCCUCUUCUACUACUUACUCAAGACGCCUCAUGCUUACAAGAAAGCCCAAGAAGAGGUCGACCGUGUCAUCGGUAGACGUAAGAUUACAGUGGAAGAUAUGUCGAAAUUACCGUAUAUCACAGCCGUUAUGCGUGAGACACUACGCCUCAAGCCAACAGCCCCUAUGAUUGCCGUUCAUGCCCACCCUGAGAAGAACAAGGAAGACCCUGUCACUCUCGGGGGUGGCAAGUAUGUUUUGUAUAAAGAUGAACCCAUCGUCCUUUUGCUGGGCAAGAUGCAACGCGAUCCGAAGGUAUACGGCCCGGACGCGGACGAGUUUCGACCAGAGAGGAUGCUAGACGGAAACUUUGAGAAGCUGCCGAAGAACGCAUGGAAGCCAUUUGGUAACGGCAUGCGUGGAUGUAUUGGUCGUCCAUUCGCUUGGCAAGAAGCACUCCUCGUUGUUGCAAUCCUGCUCCAAAACUUCAAUUUCCAGAUGGACAACCCCAGCUACGAUCUUCGUCUCAAACAAACACUCACAAUCAAGCCCAAGGACUUCCAGAUCAGGGCCUCUCUCCGUGAGGGCCUGGACCCCACUAAACUCAGCUUGGCCCUGAGUGACACUGCCGGUGUGCACAAGGAUGUGGGUGUCACGGAACGGGAGAGGAAGCCCAAAGUUGCUCCAACCAACGGAAAGAUGAGACCCAUGCACAUCUUCUACGGAAGUAACACCGGUACCUGUGAGGCCUUUGCCCGGAGACUGGCGGAUGAUGCUGUUGGGUAUGGAUUUGCUGCGCAGAUCAGCUGUCUGGAUUCGGCAUUGCAGAACAUUACCAAGGAAGACCCAGUCGUCUUUAUCAGCGCAUCUUACGAGGGUCAGCCGCCUGACAACGCGGCUCAUUUCUUUGAGUGGCUCAGUGAGCUCAAGGGUGACAGCCUGAAAGGGGUCAAUUAUGCAGUAUUUGGGUGUGGUCACCAUGACUGGGCAUCUACAUUCCACCGCAUUCCCAAGGCAGUCAAUGAACUUGUUUGCGAGAACGGCGGAAAUCGCUUAUGUGACCUUGGUCUGGCAGAUGCAGCAAAUUCAGACAUGUUCACUGACUUCGAUGGCUGGGGCGAGACCGCCUUCUGGCCAGCUAUCGUGGCUAAGUUCGGCGGUGGCCCCGAACAGAUCGUCAAGUCCAAGUCCUCACUGCAAGUUGAAGUGAGCUCAGGUGUACGCGCAUCUACUCUCGGCCUCCAGCUGGAAGAAGGAUUCGUGGUAGAGAACACAGUUUUGACUAAGCCCGGAGUGCCUACCAAGCGACUUCUCCGAUUCAAGUUGCCAUCUGAUAUGACCUACCAGUGUGGUGAUUAUCUUGCAGUUCUGCCUGUGAACCCAAGUACUGUCGUUCGCCGCGCAAUUCGUCGUUUCGACUUACCCUGGGACGCUAUUUUGCGUGUCAAAAAGCCCUCGUCUGGUUUGGCACCGCCAUCGAUUCCUCUGGACACGCCUAUCUCGGCCUUUGAGCUCCUGUCAACAUACGUCGAACUCUCUCAGCCAGCAUCAAAGCGCGACGUCAAACUUUUGGCCGAUGCAGCUAUCGAAGACGCCGAGGUCCAGGCGGAGUUGCAAUACAUUGCUUCUAGCCCGAGUCGAUUCACAGCCGAGAUUGUGCAAAAUCGUAUCAGCCCUCUGGAUCUACUGAUGCGUUACCCGUCAAUCAAGCUAUCGAUUGGUGAUUUCCUGGCGAUGCUUCCACCAAUGCGUGUUCGCCAGUAUUCAAUCUCUUCAUCUCCCUUGUCAGACCCAUCAGAAUGCUCAAUCACUUUCUCCGUUCUGAACGCGCCGGCUCUUUCAGGCAUAUCUGAGCCAGGUAGCGAAAGCCCUGAAGAGUAUCUUGGAGUUGCCUCGAACUACCUUUCCGAGCUGCAACCCGGCGAGCGUGCUCAUAUCUCCGUUCGCCCUUCAAACUCUGGGUUUAAGCCUCCAGUCGAUCUCCAGACGCCAAUGAUCAUGGCGUGUGCUGGCAGUGGCCUCGCUCCAUUCCGAGGAUUCGUGAUGGACCGUGCAGAAAGAAUCCGUGGACGUCGCAAUUCCAUCGAUGCCGCUGAUGUUCCCGAAAACAACAAGCCGGCUAAGGCUGUGCUUUAUAUAGGCUGUCGCACGGAGGGCAAGGAUGAUAUCCACUCGGAUGAGCUGGCCGAGUGGGCUUCACAGGGCGCUGUCGAUGUUCGUUGGGCAUUGAGCCGCCCUGCAAAUGGAUCACCUGGAAAGCAUGUGCAAGAUCUAAUGCUUGAGGACCGGGUAGAGCUGGUCGAUUUGUUUGAGAAGGGGGCGAAUAUCUACGUCUGUGGCAGCACUGGUGUUGGUAGUGCUGUACGGGACGUUUGCAAGACUAUGUACUUGGAUCAUCGCCGUGAGAAGAUUCGUGAGGCAAAGGAGACUGGGGAGCAAUUGGGUCCGGAGGCUGAAUUAGGUGAGGAUACCGCUGCGGAGCGAUUCUUUGAUCAGUUGAGGACGAAAGCGCGCCCGACGAAAAUCGUGAUUUCCCCUCGAGUGAAACCAUUAAGCUCCAUUAUGCCGAAGGAGGAAAUACCGGCUGCAAGGCCGUAUCUUGUCCACAGCCAUGCCCACGAGGGCGAGAUUCCUGGAACUGUCGAUCUUAGUGCUGCCGAGGGCGACGACACGGCAUAUGGACAAGCUCUGUAUCCCGUUCCAGCCGAGGAUCCUAACGACCCACUGCAGUGGCCUAUCUGGAAGAAAAAUGUCAUCCUAAUCAUCGUUGCCGUCUAUUCGUUUCUCGGCAAUAGCUCCCUUACUGGUCCAUCGGUCUACAUUGGACUCUAUAGCAAGGAGUUUGGGAUAUCACAAGCGGAAGCUUCUGGGUUGAUCUCUUAUCCUAAUCUUGCUUUUGGAUUUGGGUCAUUGAUCCUGGUUCCUCUGUAUCUGAAGAUCGGUCGACGCCCGGUGACGCUGUUGUCAAUGUUGACAUUUUUGGCCGGCUUAAUCGGAGCCUCUCGAUCAACAUCUUAUACGGGAUUGAUGAUUGCGCGAGUAUUCCACGGCUUUGGCAGCGGGGUUUGUGAAAGUUUGCCCGUACAGCUUGUGAACGACAUUUUCUUUCUUCAUGAAAGAGGAAAGAAAAUUGGCUACUAUACCAUAUGUCUCUGCCUCGGGUCAACAGGUCCUCUCUAUGCAGGCUACAUGCUUGCGGGCGGCUAUUCGUGGCGACUCUUCUUCUACGUCGAAGCAGCCUUUGCGGGUGCCCUCUUGAUCAUGGCUUUUUUCUUUGUUGAGGAGUCAACCUAUCACCGCAAAGAACAACUAACGACGCCAAUUUCUUUGAACCAUUCCCCAACAGCACUUGACACAGAUGAGAAAUUGGAGGAUAAUUUCCAGUUAGAGAAUGUAUCAUCUAUAUCGGUACCGCCGCGAAAGAGCUUCUUGGUGACACUCAAACCGUGGGGCGCCAUUGAUCCAGAUGCAGAGUUUAUCAUGACUAUUCUCCGCUCUUUUACUUACUUCCUAGUGCCGGCCGUAUUUUGGGUAAUUGCAAGCUACGGACUCUACAUUGGCCUGGGUGCUUUGGCAUUCAACUACACUUUCCCUCUGAAGAUCACUGAGCCACCCUACAACUGGAGUGAGACGAACUCCGGUCUCAUCGCGGUCGCCAGCUUCGUCGGUUAUUUGCUUGCUCUUCCAUUCUCUUCGACCUCUGACCGACUAGCUGCAUACCGAACAAAGCGUAACAAUGGAAUCCGAGAAUCCGAAAUGCGUCUACCCGCGUUGUUCCCAGCCCUUCUUCUAGCCCCAGCCGGCUUGAUUGUAUAUGGGUUCACUGCCCAGCGCAAUCUUCACUGGAUGGGAUUCUUUGCUGGAGUGGCCAUGGAUCAAUUUGCGUCGUACUUUUACUUUACUUUUACAUUAGCUUAUGCGGUCGACUCUUACUAUGCGAACACCUCGGAAAUGCUUAUCGCCAUGAAUCUAGGAAAGCAAGCAAUCUCGUUUGGAAUGGGUUCGUAUUUGCUAGAUUGGAUUCUGUCUAGAGGGUAUGCGGUUGUGAUCUCGGGAAUUUUUGGAGCAGUUCUUCUUGUCAACAACCUGAUGGUGAUUGUUUUCAUACUCUUUGGAAAGAGAAUAAGGAGAUGGACUGCGCAGUCAUGGCUGGGCAAGCUACAUCAGCGAACUGCGACGAGGGAUAUGACGCAGUGA